GCGGAAAAGAAAAAUUGAAUUUCUGUCCAUAACAUUAGAUCCUUAUUAUUCCAAAUACAUGAUAUUGAUCAUUUUUAACGAAAUAAAGAAGACAGUACCAUUGUUUCAAAGCAAAAAAAUGCCUUUUGAUUUAUCUAGCAGCAAAGCAGGUUCCAAGGUGUCGUGUACUUUAUCUCUACUUCUUGCAUCUUUUCUGUUCACUGUUUGUCUCGGAUUAGUAGUAGAGGCUGACCAUUCAUCCACAAAUAUUGGAGCAAUUAUCGAUGUUGAUUCCCGCAUCGGGAAGGAACAGAAGACGGCCAUGAUCAUGGCCGUGCAGAACUUCAACAACAAUUCAAGGAAUCACAGGCUAAAGAUUUAUUUCAGAAAAACCAGCGAGGAUCCUGUUCAGACUGUUUCAACAGCCGAAGAGCUGAUUGGCAGGAAACGAGUGCAGGUUAUCGUUGGGACGCGAACAUGGGAGGAAGCAGCUUUAGCUGCCGAUGUUGGAAAGAAAGCACAAGUGCCAGUCCUUUCAUUAGCAGCAGCUUCCAGUACACUGCCAACGACCCAGAAUCGAUGGCCUUUCUUGGUACAAAUGGCGACCGAUAGCCAGGAACAGAUAAAUUGUAUCGCAGAUAUUGUCAAUUCCUACCACUGGCGAAAAAUCAUAGUAAUUCAUGAAGAUAACAAUUAUUUUCCUAAUUCCGGGUCGUAUACUAUGCUAUCCAAGGCUCUUGAAAAAGUUAGCGCAUCUAUUGAGUAUGAUCUUAUCCUUCCAACAUUCCAUUCUCUGUCUGAUCCAAAAACGUAUAUUAGACAAGAAGUAAGAAAGUUAAGGAAGAAGCAAUCUCGGGUUUUUAUUGUUCAUCAAUCGUCUUUACCACUGGCUACGCAUUUAUUAAGAGAAGCGAAGGAUUUGGGACUAAUGGAUAGAGAUUCGGUGUGGAUUCUGGCAGACUCUAUUUCAGAUCUUCUGGAUUCUGUUGAUCCCUCUUUCAUUUCGUCCGCGCAAGGUGCUAUUGGGAUCAAGAGCAACUAUUCAGACAGCAACAGGCAUUUUCUAGACCUGAAAGAUCAAUUCCGAAAGAAUUUCUCACGGUCGUACCCAAAUGAAGACAAUUCGGAUCCUGGAAUCCACGCUCUAAAAGCAUACGAUAGCAUUACAGCUAUUGCCGAGGCAGUAGAAAAAUUAAGUAGGAACACGACUAGUAGUCCAAAAUUGCUGCUAAAUGAAAUUCAAUCCAGCAAUUUCAUUGGACUAAGUGGUGAAAUUCGUUUCUAUGGUGGAAAAUUAGAGCGGAAAUCUACAUUUAAGAUUGUUAACAUCGUCAACACGACAUAUAAAGAGCUGGGCAUCUGUUCAUCAGAAUUUGGCUUCUCAGAGAGGCAUAUGGAGGAGAAGGGCAUUAGGGUUACUGGUAUUGACAGUAUGAAUGAAUUCGUCAGCUCGGUAAAAUGGCCAGGGGAAUUGGAUCGAGUCCCAAAAGGGUGGGCAAUGCCUAAUGCGUCAGACCCCAUGAGAAUUGGAGUUCCGAAAGACCAUCCUCCUUUUACAUUUUGGAAUGAAACAUCAAAUGACAAUGAAUUUGACGGUUUUUGCGUUAAACUUUUCGAAGAGGUGGUAAAAGUGUUGAACAAAAGUUAUACCCUUCAUUAUUCUUUUGUGCCUUUCAAUGGUACCCAUAAUGAACUGGUUGGGAAUGUCAGCAAUGAGAUAUUUGAUGCUGCAGUGGGGGACUUUACCAUCUUAGCCAACCGGUCAAGAUUUGUGGAAUUUACUCAACCAUUUAUGGAAUCUGACUUGCAAAUGUUGGUCCCAGUGAAAUCCGAACACCAGAUGGCGUUGAUGUUUGUUAAACCUUUCACUAGGAACAUGUGGAUGGUUACUAUUGCCAUUUUAUUUUACACGAUGUUCGUUGUUUGGUUUAUUGAGCAUCAGAAGAAUCCAGUAUUUAAAGGGUCACGGAAGGAUCAGCUUGGAACUGCAAUGUGGUUCACGUUCUCUUCUCUAUUCUUCGUUCAUAGAGAAAAAGUUAAUAGCAACUAUACAAAACUGGUGGUUGUGGUGUGGCUCUUUGUUGUUUUGGUAUUAUCCUCAAGUUACAAGGCUAGCCUCACAUCAAUGCUGACGGUCUCAAGACUUGAGCCAAGUGUGACUAGUUUAGAGUGGAUAAAGAGUAAAAAUUUAUCGGCAGGGUGCGAUGAUGACUCUUUUGUAGAAGAUUAUCUGAGGGAUGUACUUGACCUUAAAAAAAUCAAAACCAUAAGCGGCCAUGACAAUUUUCUGGGGGAAUUUAGGAGUAAAAAUAUUUCAGCUGCAUUUCUUGAUCUUCCUCACCAGAGAGUUUUUCUCAAAGAUCAUUGCAAAGAUUACACCGUGACUGGACCUACCUACAGUUUUGGAGGACUGGGAUUUGUAUUCCAGAAAGGCUCUCCAAUAGCUCGCGAUGUUUCUGAAGCCAUUCUAACUUUAAUGGAGAAUGGAAUGGUUAAAAAUUUGACAAAUAAAUACCUUGGUUCCUCAGACGGUUGUCCAAAUUCUGAAACAGAAAGUUUGAGUCUCAAGAGUUUCUGGGGUUUAUUCCUUGUUUCUGCUGCCAUUUCAACUAUCUGCUUCCUCAUUUUCACUCUUCGGUUGUUGAAAAAGAAGCCAAAAGACAGCCAAGUACAUUCAUAUGAUCUUGCACAACGAGGAGGGAGUUCUUCCUAAUACAAUGGCUAGUUUGGCGCAGUUUUUUCAGGGUGGAAGGCCGAAGAUUCUAAUGAGGAGAAGUACGUUUACUUGAUCUAAAUGUGCUGACAAUUGAAAUGUUCGGUAAUGUUGAUUGAAAACUUUAUAGUAGAGAUCAGAUCAGAUCCUUUUUCAUUCUGCAUACCAAAUAUACCCUGAAUUGUUAAGUCAUUAGGCAACCAAUAUUACUAGGAUUGACAUGCUGUUCAAGGCUGGACAUAUCUAAAAUAUAUUAUAUAUAAAUAAAUCCAGAUACGGUUCAGUUGUA